UGGGUCUCACCCCACAUGAAAUCAAUUCUGUACAAAGAUUCAACAUUGCUUUCAUUGUAGUUUUCGAUCCGUUGUAUCUGCAAAAUGGGUGGAAGAAGAUCGGCAGUUAGUUGUUCUGCAGUCUGGAUUAUAAUACUGUGUUGGGUAGUUGCCCUACCAUGGAAGUUCGCAACAGGGGAAAAGUGUGGAAACAUAAGUGUGUUUGAGCCAUUUGGGUCAGGCGGAUCAUUUCCCUACGCAAACAUGGUGAUCUGCAACGCCAACAAGACGCUCCAGUUUCGAACUGCGCGUGGGGCGUUCGAUGUACAAAGCGUGGAUUACGAGUCGAAAAGUCUGCACAUUUGGGAUCCUUCGCUCUCCACAUGCAAAUCUCUCACUCCUCUGGGGAACCAAUAUUUCUCCCCGGAUUCGAUCCUCCCACCUUCCAACGACACCACCAUUCUCCUCCUCAACUGCAGCGCUAAAUCCGUUGUCACCCGGAAUGCUGAUCAUUUUUGCGCAGAAAGUAAUUCUUCUAAUGUCUGUCAUGAUAUGUAUGAUGACUGUCCUGCUUUUAAGGGCCUUCUGGAAAAGCUUCCGAAUUCUUCAGGUAUGGCGUGUUGUGUUACCAGUUUUGCAAGGCUGGGGAAUCUGGGGAUCAAAGAGCUCGAGUGUUCUCAUUAUACGAGUGCAUACAGGAGGAAAGAGUCUCAUGAAUGGCGGUUCGGCAUAAGCCUUUCGUUCCGUGAGUCAGAGGAACCAGUGCCGGACAUUGGUGAGUUCUGUGAGAGAUGCGAUCCCGCGCGCCAUGGCUUCCAGAUCUCUGAAGAUCACCCCAGAUGUGGAAUAGGGCGACAGUGUAUUUGCUACCCUCAUAAAUGUGAGGAUGAUUUCUUCUCAGGAGCUAUGCCCAACAUUUUGCCACCAACCCUGAUAGAAAGAAUUGUUCUUUUCUUUGUGUUGUUAGCAGGAUCGGUGCUUUGGAUGAUGAUCUGACUUUAUAGAGCUAGAUUAUCAAUUUUAGCGUACAAAAUUGAAGCUAUGCUAUUUAAAAUCCUUGUUGAAUUGAAUUAUAGGUGGGAUUAAAAGCACUAAAUCCAACACACUUGAAUUGUCUAUAUGUUGUAUAGAUCAUUACAAUCCUAUGAGUUUGAGAUUAUUUGGAACUUCAGAACUUUAAUGAA